CGCCACCAACCGAAACCACCCCUUCUUCAACCACCAGUGGCUUUUGUGCACGUUUUUACGUGUAUACACACUCUUCACACCAUACAAACUCAACACACUCUUCCCCCUCCGUAUUCAACCUUAUCCAUCGUUUACUUCCUGCCGUGCGGACCAUGGGGAACGACGGCGGUUCCAUCCCCAAACGCCGCGAGCUCGUCCGCGAGGCCGCUCGCCUACCGACCACGUCCGAGCUAAAGGCCACCGCACUCGAGUCGCUUUCUCACGCCUGGGCCAUGUGCCCGCUAUCGGAUGCGCCGCUAGACCCUGCCAACACCGCCUCCGACUGGCGGGGGCGCCUCUACAGCUACGAGGCCAUCUUGCAGUGCCUCAUACCCCCUUCGUCGACCGAGCCCGCGCGCCCCGAGGCCCAGCAGGCCGAGUUUGCGCGCACCGGCGUCAAGACGCUCAAGGACGUGGUCAAGCUCCGCUUCGCGCUGCGCAGCGACGAGAAGGGCCGCGAGGCCCGCGCCUGUCCCAUCAGCCUCAAGGAGCUGGGUGCCGCGACCCGGAGCGUGUAUGUGGUGCCGUGCGGCCACGUGUUUGCCGAGGCGGCCAUGAAGGAGCUCGAGGUGGCGGGGCCGGAGACGGAGAGGCAGUGUCCCGAAUGCAGCGCCACCUUCGUCGAGCGCGACGUCAUACCAAUAUUGCCCACCGAUGAGGCGGAGGUGGACAAGCUCGCCAAGCGGAUCGACGAGCUCAAGGCAUUGGGCCUGACGCACAGUCUGAAAAAGGACAAGGGCUCCGGGAAGAAGAAGCGCAAGGCCGAGGAGAAGGAGAAGGGGACGAACGAGGAUGCGCGCAGGGAGCCAGAUGGCAGCAGGACGGAGAAGAAGGCGAGCAAGAACGGCAUCUCCAGCCGGAUCAACAACCCUAUGACGGCCUCCCUUACGGCUAAAGUAUUAGCGGAGCAGGAAGAGAGGACGAAGCGGAGGAAGAUAAUAGAGGGGCACAGGAGAGGCGAGCCCGUUAGGUGAAGGGCGGGGCCAAGUUGGAAGAAGAAUGCUACGACGUAGUGCGUAGUACGUGAUGAAUUAAUGAUACUAAUUGGCAUACUACCUGUCCCAGGACCCAUCCCUUGCUUACCGCACGAUCCCCCCC